ACCUUCCACCGCUUCGACAAGUUCAAUGCCAAAUACAACCCCAUCGGGGAGUCCAUCCUGCGGGAGAUCUUCAUCAAGACAGACAACCGCGUCUCGGGGAAAUACUUCGCCCACAUCAUCAAGGAGGUGAUGGCAGACCUGGAGGAGAGCAAGUACCAGAACGCGGAGCUGCGUCUCUCGAUCUACGGCCGCUCCCGGGAUGAGUGGGACAAGCUGGCCCGCUGGGCCGUCAGCCACCGCGUCCACUCCAACAACGUCCGCUGGCUCGUGCAGGUGCCCCGGCUCUUUGACAUCUACCGGACGAAGAAGCAGCUGGCCAACUUCCAGGAGAUGCUGGAGAAUAUCUUCCUGCCGCUCUACGAGGCCACGAUCCACCCUGCCCAGCACCCAGAGCUGCACCUCUUCCUGGAGCAUGUGGAUGGCUUCGACAGCGUGGAUGAUGAAUCCAAACCAGAGCAUCACAUCUUCAACCUGGAUAGCCCUUUGCCGGGCAACUGGGUGGAGGAGGACAACCCACCCUACUCCUACUACCUGUACUACAUGUAUGCCAACAUGACGGUGCUCAACCACCUCCGGCGGAAGAGGGGCUUCCACACCUUUGUCCUGCGUCCACACUGUGGCGAGGCCGGUCCCAUCCACCACCUCGUGUCAGGGUUCAUGGUCUCAGAGAACAUCUCCCACGGGUUGUUGCUGCGCAAGGCCCCUGUGCUGCAGUACCUCUACUACCUGGCACAGAUUGGCAUUGCCAUGUCCCCGCUGAGCAACAACAGCCUCUUCCUGAGCUACCACCGCAACCCCCUGCCCGAGUACCUCUCGCGGGGGCUCAUGGUCUCCCUCUCCACCGAUGAUCCCCUCCAGUUCCACUUCACCAAGGUGAGCGUUUGGGGGGCACCAGCCAGUGAGUCUCCAGGAGCAGCUGUGGG